AUGUCAGAUUUUUUCCUUGUAGAACAUUUCCAUGUGUUCGUGGGUGAUUUGUCUCCAGAAGUCGACAACAAAGCUCUUCGGGAAGCAUUCGCUCCAUUUGGAGAAAUCAGUGAUGCUAAAGUCAUUAGAGAUGUUGGAACUUUAAAAUCUAAGGGUUAUGGCUUUGUGUCAUACCCUAAGAGAGAGGAAGCUGAAAGAGCGAUUGAGCAGAUGAAUGGACAAUGGCUAGGAAGAAGAACUAUUCGCACUAAUUGGGCCACUAGAAAGCCUGGUCAAGGAGGACCGGAGCAAGCAGCUCAUGAUAAGUCUUACGACGAAAUUUACAAUGCCACAACCCCCGACAACACCUCUGUAUAUGUUGGCGUUCGCGACUUACCUGAGGAGGACAUCCGUAAAGGAUUUGAAAAAUAUGGAAGAAUUACUGAAGUCAGAAUUUUCAAAGUUCAAGGAUAUGCUUUCGUAAAAUUCGAUACUAAAGACUCUGCAACUAGAGCGAUUUUGAACAUGAACGGCCAAGAUUUGGGCGGUCAUACAGUCAGAUGUAGUUGGGGAAAAGUUAGUAACACCACUUCUGCUGCCGCUGGAGCAAACUCUUACGGAUAUGGAGCAUAUGGAUACGGCAACGGAACAUCAAGCUACACCGGCGCACAUCAGGCUGGAAGCACUAAUGCUGCUGCAGCUGCCGCAGCUCAACAACAAUAUUGGCAAUACUAUGCGACAUAUUAUAACAAUCCUCAAAUGAUGCAACAAUGGGCUAAGUGA